UCGUCUAAAACUAUGGAAAGCGAAGAUAACGCCAAAGCCCAAGUACGAUCCAUACUUGGACCAACUAAGGACGCUGAAUUUCUUCAAAGUUUUGUACGAAUUGGCGUAGGGGAUGACGAUGAAGAGAUUCCCAUACCGAAAGCGUCAAUCAGCAAAAGAGCUCCACCGUCUGCUGUUCCUGAGAAGAUCGAUUCAUUUGGCGAAGAUGACAAACAAUCGGCAGAUAGAAAGGAAUCUCUUAAGCCCCAGAAGAAAAAGUUCCGUCGUAAGCCAAAGCGGGAAAGACGUAUUCGCCAGGAGGAACUUUAUACCGACAAGGAUCGUGCUGCGGCGGUGGUUAUGGGUUCUAAAGACAUAAAGUUGUCUCUCAACAUCAAAGACAAAGCGGAGAGGAGUAGUGCAUUGCACAUUCCAGCUGAGGCUGACGCCGGCACACUCUUAGCUCUUGCACGCGCCGAAAUGAUGAGGGAGAGAUAUCGUACGGCUUUAAUGUUUGUUGAUAAGGCGAUAGAGUUAGCUCCUGAAGAAAAAGCUGCAUACGUAUCCCGAAGUAAAUGCUAUUUACUUCUUGGCGAACCUCGACGUGCACUGGAAGAUGCAGAAACGGCACUCAAACUCGACCCAAAGCACGCAAAGGCAUUGCUUCAGAAAGCUGAAGCACUGUACUAUUGCGGGGAGUUUGAAAUGAGUUUGGUGCAUUAUCACAGGGGACUGCGGGCGCGCCCUGAUUUAAGCGAAUUCAGGCUUGGAGUGCAAAAAGCUCAGGAAGCCAUUGAAAAUACAAUCGGAUCAGUGAAGCAAGUGAAAAAAGGAGGGAAGCGUACCAGUUCAAAAUCCCGUCCAGUUUUGGGGCAAUUAAUGUCUGACAAAAUAUACUUAGAAAAUCUUCUUAAAAACCCAGAUUUGGCCAUAGCAGACAAGAAAAAUCAGGUUGUUAUGAAACAAGCCGAAGAAGCAAUCCGCUUUUUGGAAAAUAGAGAAGAGUUUUGGCGCCAGCAGCAAACAGUGAAAAGACACUAAAAUAUUUUUGAAUUAAUUUUAAGUACAUAAUAUAUGUAUCUAGUUUUUAGUGUAUUAUUAAGUGCAAUAUUAAUUUAGAUUCACAUUGAAAUAAAUGUAAUUAUAAUCCGCAACUACACUUUCUUAGUGCUUUUUUAUAAGUAGA